UUCCGAAUAUUCAUGUCAACACAAUUCUGAGCUUAAAAUUGUGGAAAGCGGAUGUGUCUAUAAAUUUGGUUAAUGUUUUAGACAAUAAUUAUUUGUGUACAAAUUAUAAUAGCACUUAUCUUAUCUCCAAAUAUCGACUAAUGAUCACUAAUUAAAUGAUUAGAUUAGAUUACCCUACGUCCUUCAGCAGAGCUUAGCUCUUUUCUUGAAAGCUCCGAUACUCCAACAUAAGGGCGGAUACUUCCAAUUAUAAGGUUGAUGAUGAAUGGGAUUCUUGGGUUAUCCUUUGGCCUUGGUGAUCUUGUAGUGUCGUCACAAAGGGCACGGUGGAUAGAGUAGUUGGUGUUGAUUGAAGUGUCGAUUUGUUCUCUCAUAUAUUUCUGGUCUAAAUACUUAUGCCCACUAGUGUAUUUAACCAUUGAUUUCAAAAUUGAGUGAAAGCUUCGCUAGUAAUCAAUUCUUUGAUAGUGUUAUCUAACCUUAUCUUCGAAGGUAGGUUCCAGGUGCCAUGAUGGUGACGGUGCCAUAGCCUCCACUCAGCCACUGCAGUUGACACUGCAUUUUGCGCCUAGCCGGUCGUCCCAGAAAUUUGAAGAGCCAAACAGUUGAUAAUGGCACAUUCAAUGCUGAAACUGGGGCUGACGUGUGGAAUACUCCACCUGCUGACCUUUGCAGUCAUCGCCGAGGAUCAGCUGAAAAACAACACGAUAGUGGUGCAUACUCCUCUCCAGAACUACGAUCAACCCAAUCUCCAGGACUACGAACAAUGCCAGGAGAACAGGGACAAUUGCAUCAAUGUUUGCGCUGGCAAACAGUCGUGCGAGGACGAGUGUCCUGUGUGCCCGGACCUGUACGUCAAGCCCCUAAUGGUUCAGGGCAUUAACGACACGGAUAUAGUGGCACCACCCCAGGCACCUAUUAAUACGACCAACAUUAUUCGGCUGACCAACGAUAUCAACAAUAUAAUCGAACACCAAAUCCAAAAUCGCAAUGAGGUCAAUGUCCAGGUGAGGCAGAAUGUCUCGCAGGUGGGAGGACGUUUUGGACUGGGCUACACUGACAAGGGAUCCUGUUGUUAUGUGGUGCGUUUCACUCGGGAGUGUGAGAAUGAGGGUGGACGCGACUGCAGAGAGAGAAGCCGUCAGCGGGUCUGUGGCGAAAAGUGUCAGGCCAGAGUGAUGUUGGCCAAAAGAGUGGUGCAGUGUGAAGACGAUGACUCCGACAGGUGUCACGAAACCAUCGAAUAUGUGCCACGGCGGAGGAGAGCCCUCCAUCGGAAGACAACCGAAGCUACACGGUGUCAUUACACUGGCAACAGUUGGCCCUACUUCAAUUGCGGACAGAAUCCAGGCCAAAGUAGUGAUUUUGCCCAGCCUACGAGGCCUAAGACCUCUAUCUGCGAGCACUGCCUCAAUUAUCCCUAUGGAUACAUUCUGCAAUAUGGUGUGCCCGCCCACUGUGCCGGUUGCUUCCAGGGAUACGGAGCUCCCCUCAUGUAUAAUCCUCCUUGGAUGUACAAUCCAUAUUAUGUGGCAUAUCCGCCCUUUAACAAUGUACCGACCAUACAGAACAAUAACAAUGGCAACAGAGAUGACACCAGUGUAGAUAAAGCCAUUGCAGAUGAAGAGGCCGAUGGAUGGCAUUUAUGUGACGACAUCGAAAAAUGCCAAGACGCGCUGGACAAAGGCUCGCAGAACAACGGGUCACCUGAACAUCUGGAACAGCCACCAGUCAAUGAUGGGGACGACGACGACGACUACAACGUUGCAGUCCAGCGAAGAAGACGCCGUCAAAGCCGUACCCACUUUGUGAGAUCAGCCUACAGCAAACGCAAUCGCAAGAACAACUGAUCAAUUCCAGAUUAAACCACAAGCUCUCGAGAUUAUUUCUGAUUAACAAAACCUAAGGUGUCUUCAUAUAACUACUACAUUUCUCUACAUAUUUUACUGAAUAAAAGUGUUUUUGCUAACGAAA